UUGUGCUAGUUGAUGAAAAUGGGCCCAUUAGGUGCAGAGGCUGAUGAGAACCAGACAGUGGAAGAAAUGAAAGUGGAGCAGUUUGGUCCAGGGCACACCACUCCUAGAGGGGAGCUGGCCCCUAACUCUGAGCUGGAGCUUAUAGACAGCACCAACCUGAUUGAGGUACAGAUCGUCCUUAUAUUAGCCUAUUGCUCCAUCAUCUUUCUUGGGGUGAUUGGCAAUUCCUUGGUGAUCCAUGUGGUGAUCAAAUUCAAGAGCAUGCGUACAGUAACCAACUUUUUUAUUGCCAAUCUGGCUGUGGCGGAUCUUCUGGUGAACACCCUGUGCUUGCCAUUUACACUUACCUACACCUUAAUGGGGGAGUGGAAAAUGGGUCCUGUCCUAUGCCACUUGGUGCCCUAUGCCCAGGGCCUGGCGGUACAAGUGUCCACCAUCACCUUGACAGUAAUUGCCCUGGACCGGCAUCGUUGCAUUGUCUACCACCUGGAGAGCAAGAUUUCCAAGCGAAUCAGCUUCUUGAUUAUUGGCUUGGCUUGGGGCAUCAGUGCCCUGCUAGCAAGCCCCCUGGCCAUCUUCCGAGAGUAUUCAUUGAUUGAGAUUAUUCCUGACUUUGAGAUUGUGGCCUGCACUGAGAAGUGGCCCGGUGAGGAGAAGAGCAUCUAUGGCACUGUCUACAGUCUUUCCUCCUUAUUAAUCCUGUAUGUUUUGCCUCUGGGCAUCAUCUCUGUUUCCUAUACUCGUAUCUGGAGUAAACUUAAGAACCAUGUCACCCCUGGAGCUGCUAAUGACCACUACCAUCAGCGGAGGCAAAAAACCACCAAAAUGCUGGUGUGUGUGGUGGUGGUAUUUGCAGUCAGCUGGUUGCCGCUCCAUGCCUUCCAACUUGCUGUCGACAUUGACAACCAAGUCUUGGACCUGAAGGAGUACAAACUCAUCUUCACUGUGUUCCACAUCAUUUCCAUGUGCUCCACCUUUGCCAACCCGCUUCUCUAUGGCUGGAUGAACAGCAACUACAGAAAGGCGUUCCUUUCAGCCUUCCGCUGUGAGCAGAGGUUAGACGCCAUUCACUCCGAGGUAUCUGUGACAUUCAAGGCUAAAAAGAACCUGGAAGCCACAGAGAACAAUGGCCCCAAUGAUUCUUUCACAGAGGCUACCAACGUCUAAGGCAACUGCCAUGUGAAAAUAUAUGGAUGAAUUCUGACCAGUGCUGUAAACCUGGUUGAGUGGGGCAUGCAGGUGCAUCCUCAUUUCCCAUUUUAAGGAAGCAUCUGAAUGGAAGCGUCCGCAGUGUAAUUCAUGGAAAACUGGUUGGCAGAGUCUAAGUAAAAACAUUCAGAUUCAAAGGCAAGGCAACAAAAGUUUGCUUACAGUUGCUUAGAUUGUAGGUUGGAUUAUGAAUAAAAGCAGAGAGAAAUGGUUUUGACUGUUUCCCAGAGUGAAGAAAACGUGAACAAGGAGUUGGGGUUAUCAGCAUUGCUAAGAGGUGGUGGGUAAAAAAGUUGACUUUAAAAUCACAUUAGGGCAUAGAAUGGGGAUGACGUAUAAUUCACUGCUCCCCCCUCAUCUGAUGAAAAGGCUGCCACCACCAAUUUCCCUAGAAAGCCACAGACUCUUCUCUAUUGUAUUUUGCCUUUUUGUUAUUCUUCCCACGGACUAAAACCAUCAGAGAACACUGCAGGUAAAUGUUACCAACUAUUUGAAUGACUUCAAGGAAAUAAACUGAAAUUUUCUAUGUAAUUCGUGUUUUGGCAAAUGAUGGGGGAAAUCUUUACCACCCAGUUAGCCAAUUGUUUUUUUAAAACCAAAUGCACAUUUAACGAAAAGUUUCUUCAACUUAGAAGCAAAGGCUGAAAUUCUCAGAGAAAUGUAAACCAUCAUUUAACUUCUCAUUUCAACUUGUCCCUGCUUUGUAUAGUUACUAUUUGGAUAACAAAUAAGCAUGCCACACAAUACUUUUAAUCAUUGCUAAUUGUUAUAACUUUUGGAACACAUAUUAUUCCUAUGUUGGAGCUGAGUUUGUAUUAACUAAAAAUUAAAUCAGAUUAGGAAAUAGUUUUGUGGCAUUUUUGUAACAUUUUGCGGUUAUUUGUAAGCAGUGUUUGCACAGGUACAUACUCUAAUGUGUUUACUG